AUGGAAAGUGGAGGAAGUUUUGGUAAUAAUGGCGUUCAAAUUUAUGGGAGUGAAAAUAUUAACGCCAUUAACCCUUCCAUGCAUAGAUCAGGCCCUCCUUUGACAUCUAUAGAUAGGUUCUUAUGGGGCCAACAGAACCACUUCCCUCAGCAGCAAAAUGUAGAGAACGUUGCAAGGAACAACGAUGCAAGUGUCUUUACUAAUGAGUUCUUCAGUUUUUCCUGCUCUGGUGGUUCAUCUCAUAGGUUUCUAUGGCCUAACACUCAAGAAUCAAGCUUUGUUGGUGGGAUCUUAGCAAAUGAAGAGGCUUUGACGUGGACAAACAUCAACCAAACCCCCACAUUGUUCCUGAAAGAUGUCCAAAAGAAUGCAAAAUUGGUGGGAAGGAGAACUAAGAAAGGGUCUGUUGGUCCUUUGAUCAAAGGACAGUGGUCAUCUGAAGAAGACAGGAAACUGAAAAGUUUGGUGAAGAGAUAUGGUGAAAGAAAAUGGGCUCAAAUUGCUGAGAAAUUGGAAGGAAGGGUUGGCAAGCAGUGUCGAGAGAGAUGGAACAAUCAUUUGCGUCCUCAUGUUAAGAAAGAUAGCUGGAGUGAAGAAGAAGAGAUGAUAUUAGUAGAUAAACAUUCUAAGAUGGGAAACCGUUGGGCUGAGAUAGCAAAGUACAUUCCAGGGAGAACAGAGAAUGCUAUAAAGAACCAUUGGAAUGCAACUAAAAGGAGGCAGAAUUCAACUAGAAAGAACAAGAAGACAGAGAAAUCUAAUGGAAAACCCCACUCCUCUAUUCUUGAAGACUAUGUCAGAAGCAAGAACACUUCCAUGAACCCCACAACAGGCAUCAUCACUGAAACAGCUACAAUAAUCACCAAGCUCUCUAGCUCCCAAGUGACACUCUCUGAGGACCCUGCAAAUAACGAAUUAAACCUUGUGUUAUCUGAACCCUCUCAAUCUGUUGCCAAUGAGCUACUCUUCAUGGAAGAAAUUUUCACUGAGAAUCAGAAUCAGCAUAUUGUUGAUGAUGUGAAUCAAUUUGGGUUUGACUAUUCCAUCCAGUACCCAGAUAUCAUGCACUUGGAUGAUAGUUUAUUCCUCCGCAGUUGA